AUGGGGCCCCCUCAGCCGGCAAGCGAGUUCAACUACAGCCGCCAGAUUAAGUACUGGCGGCGGAAUCUGAAGACGUAUCUCCCGCAUUACUACACCGGCAAUGACGCCAACCGCAUGACCCUGGCCCUUUUCACUGUUUCCGCACUGGACAUACUGGGCGAUCUGGACGGAGCGUUGUCUGUGGAGGAGCGCCAAGGCUACGUCGACUGGGUGUACGGGUGUCAACUGCCAGAGGGAGGGUUCCGGCCAUGGCCAGGGUCUGACUACGGAAAUAGGAGGAAUGAGGAAAACAAGAAAUGGGACCCAGCGCACGUGCCGGGCACCUUCUUUGCGCUGCUCACUCUGGUCGUGCUAGGAGAUGACUUGGAGAAGGUGAAGAGGAGGGAAAUCCUGCUGUGGCUGAACACGAUGCAGCGGCAGGAAGGUGGCUUUGGCGAGACUCGUGGGGAGGAUGGCUACGUCCACGGCGGAAACGACUCGAGAUUCGGGUACAUGGCGACAGCCAUCCGCUGGAUACUCCGUGGGGACGUCGAGGGGCCAUGUGGUGACGUGCCGGAUAUCAGGGUGAACGAUUUCGUGGCCUGCGUGCGCGAGGCCGAGACCUACGAUGGAGGCAUUUCAGAAGCACCGUACCACGAGGCCCAUGCGGGAUUCACAAGCUGCGCCAUCGCUGCUCUGUCAUUUGUUGAUCGCCUGCCCCUUCCUCCGGGGCAAGUCCCCGACGGCCGUAUCCGUGGUCUGACGAACCUCAACGGCACCCUGCACUGGCUUGCUUCGCGGCAGACCGCAACGCUGGAAGAGGACGACAGCAUCGACACCUUCAACGACGAGACAGAUACGGCUAAUACAUGCCACGAUGCCCACUCUUUCGUCAAGGUCAGCAAGCACCCAACGCUGUCGAUGGCGACCACAGUGGGUUCCCAACCCAAAGUGCCGUUCGAUCUCACAUGGGUAGGCAUGAACGGGCGCUGCAACAAGAUCGCCGACACAUGCUACGCAUACUGGGUGUCCUCGCCGCUGCAGAUCCUCGGCCGUCUGGACAUCAUCUCGGUAAAACCGAUUCGCAGGUAUCUGCUCGACAAGACACAAUACGCACUCGGCGGCUUCGGCAAGGUCGUCGACGACCCACCGGACAUAUACCACUCAUUUCUAGGAUUAAUGGUGCUGGCGAUGCUGGGCGAGCCGGGCCUGCAGAACGUCGACGCCGCACUGUGCAUCACAGACAAGGCGAAGCGGCAUCUGGAGUCGUUGGCGUGGCGGAAGGAAGCAAUAGCAGCGAUACAGCGUGGCAGCAAAGAUCAGAACGGCGCACGUUAA